AUGGAAUUCGCAGCACUACCAUCCUGGGCUGACAUGGUAGGCCAACUUGCCGGCCAUGUGCCCUCUAUGAACCGGCCUCCAUGGAGCGAAGAGGACUGGACAACAUGGGGUCAACCUUCCGCACCUUGGACGUUAUGGUUGGAACCUGCUGCUGAAGGGGAUCCAUCUUUUGUACAAUUCAAGGACGAGGGUGAUAUGGCGGACCACGUCGUAUGGGAAGGUGCCAGAGGCUACGGGAUUGUUCGACCUACAAGGCCAGUUUCACCAUUGGACAUGGAUGCACCACAAGCCAACUGGACUCUGCUUCACGACAUGAUGUUCAUUCGCAUGGAAUGUGAACAGCUUCACCCCAAGUUUUAUUCUAAGGCCAUAGACGAUGAAAUGGGACCCAUGCUAUCAGUGAAGCUUUCUGACGCUGAUGGCUGUAAUGCGACCAUUCAACUCCGAGGCAGCCAGGUCACUAACGUCCGCAGAGCAGAGUUUGGAAGGACUCUGAACAAUAUAAAGUAUGGAUUCGAAAGGCUCAUUGAUAUUAAUCAAGGCGAUUAUGAGAAACGCUUCCACAACGGCAGAGAGCGGCUGCUGAAAUAUAUCAAGACCUACGAGUCUGCUGAGACACUCGACUUCUUCGCCCCCAGCUGGGUUCCAGCGAAUCCUGAAGGCAAAGGCCCUGUCUCUUGCUCUAGGCGCCAUUUUGUAGCCGGCACUGCAGACCCCAUGGUACCAAGCGAUUUGACUACCGAAGAGUGGCCGCUUUUCGCUGCUUCUUGCUCUGUCAAGUACGACACGGUUCCUGUCCCCCUCAAAAUAAUAGGUUCGGCAAGUGAUUCAUCCUUUCGUCGUGUGCCUGGUCACAUCCAUCAUUACACUUCCUACGCAUUACGUCUGGACACAGAAGCCGAGAGGGAUAUACUGCCCCCUGAACUCACUCCCCUUGAGGAUUCCGUCGCCCGCAGAAUCGACAAGAUCUUCCGGGACGAUAUCGGUGCGUUAGAUCUGGUCGAUGAGUUGUACGCGACCCAGCUUAUGAGAUCACGCAUCGUAGCUGGAUCUCUCGCUGCUAGCAACAACAAGUUCGCGGUCGUGAACGCGGCGAACCUAUACCUCUCCAUGGUGGCUGGGCAUGUAGCGACUGCUUCUGCCUCUGCCCUAGAUCAGUUAUUCUCCAUGAACCCUACUCAGCUACAAACUCUAGUAGUCCAGCAAGAAACGCAGGUAGGCACGCUUACUCCAUCACCGAACCACCCGGGCCUCGAUUUUAAACUUCUUCCCAUUUGGGUUGUGAUCUUUGUCUGCAUCUUAAUCUCUCAUAUCGUGUGCGACGGUGCACCUAGCGGGAUACCUUGGGAUAUCUCUUCGAUCGCUGCUCGAAUAGCACUUCUUUGUCACAGCAGUCUACCAUCAGUUUACCCCGUACCGGCUGAGCCGGGCUCGAUAUUCACACUCAGACCACUACGGUUUGGAUAUUGGAAAGACAAUGGAAAGCAAGAACAGCAUUGGUGCGCUGACACUCAGCUCUACCAACCGCGCAGGCGUGGCCUGGAUCUUCCAGAAGGGUACAGAUUCAAUUCAGAUUCGACCCCAUGGUUCUUGGGCUUCACAGUCUUUGGCGUUCUCUUUCCAUGCUCAUGCAUUGCGGCUAUCUUGAGCUUUCGACACGCGCAUCGUCGCAGUGACAUUCCAUUUAACCAUUCAGAAGAACAAAGUCUAAGGGAGUUGGCCCCAUCGUACCGGCUACACUUUUCUUCAUUUCAUCCAACACCCUAUGGAGACUUGUUUUGGCUAGCAAUGUUACCACUCAGCAUCGGCUUCGCUAUCAUAUGGUAUUGGGAGUCGGUGCUGAGGUAUUAUACGAUGCGUCAGCCAUGGGCGGGACUAUACCAAGAAGGACCGAGCAAGUCUAACUUAACGUUAGACUACUGCAAUUGCUGGUUUCCGAUGCUCAAGGCUUUCCGAAAUAGACACUACAAAAUUGCAUAUUUGCAUGUAGGGUUAGCUAUCAUAGCCCUCGCCCCUUUGCUUGUGAACCACUACUUUUACUUCGAUCUCGUCCCACAACGCCUCGACUCAGUAACAACGGAUAUACACUACGAUUGGUCAUAUGACAAAGGAAUACAAAUCAACGAUACGACACUGGAUAGUAUGCAAUCUGCCUUGGCAAAAUCAGUGCUAGGAAUGACGAAUGCGAGCGCUCUCCCAAAAUGGUCAUCAUUCCAUGAAGCUCUUCUACCAGUACCACUUCCAUCCCUUGUUGGACCUGGAAAGGCUUUAAGCGAGGAAAAGAACGGAUCCUGGUCAUUAACGACCCGCAUGGUACAAGCACAGCUAAGCUGUGAAGCUGCAGUCCACGAGGCGAUCCCUGGCAGUUCUCAACACCCCCGGGUUUUGUCCGUGUCCUUUCCCAAUGGUUUGCGCGACGUGCACGGGAACACAAGUUCAUUCUUUAAUCCUUGUGGGGAUGAUUCAUCUCAAAAUCCUAGAGACCAGGUCGACGACGCUGUAUUGUGUAGUACUUGGACCUAUAGAGAAUUAGUCGAUCUGAAGAAUGAUAAGGUCGUUCCGAGAUGGAUCAUUGCGGCAUCUCAAGGCACACACACACGCACAGUAGCUCAACAGUCAGGACCAGGGCCAGCAUCCACGAGCACUGCGUGGAUCUGCGCCCCGACCUUGUGGGGUGGAAACGGGACCGCACAGUUACUUUCGUGGUCCCCAGACCAGAAUAUUGCGGACGCAUUUGUCUAUAAAUUCAAGGUUGAAGACGAAUACAUUCUCGAAAGCGACUUGGCGCGCAAUUUCAGCCAACUACUCCAAGCCACCAUUUCCGAGGAUCGGAAGGUUUUGGGAGCUAUUCGAUUGGGACAACUCGUGAGCACGGAAUCUUUUAGGGGAGAUAUUCUUUCCUAUAUGGCAUACCGCUGGGCCCUCUCACGUGGAGAACGAUUUGAUGUUGAUUUCUUCAAGGACUUUGCAUCGGUCGUCUUCUCAACAGUCUUCGCCGCCUCGGUUAGCGAGGUCAAGCUUUUUGUUGAGCCAAGUGAAAGAACAGUCGAGAUCACUCCCAUCGUUCAAGCAGCACGGCUGCGCAUACGCGGAAGUGUUUCUGUCCUAUGCAUCAUACUCCUCUGCGCUUCCGUAUUAGGGAUGUUUGUCUACGGUGUAAUCUUUUAUCACGAAAGACAAUACGUAUUUCCCUUCGCGCCAGAACCACUAGAGAACAGUUUUCACUUCCUAUACCGGAGUACGCUGCUAGACAUAUUCAAGCAGAUCAAAAACCCGGAGCUGAAGUCACUCAAACAAUUCUACAAAGCGGUUGAUCAGCUGAACCUCACGUAUUUCUUCGGCCUGCCUGUCGACGGUGAUACCUCCGACUUCAGAGUAGACGUCACCGCGGAAAUCAAACCUCGGCACUCCGAUACGGCUACGGAUCCUGAGAGACAGGGUUUACUCCACCAAGAUGAUAGUGAUAGUGACGAGGCUGAGGAUGGUGAUGAAGACGACCAUCCCGAUGAUCCUUUACCGAGCAUACAGACGAGACACGAAUAA